AUGACUCGCACCUUAUUUUUCUGUAUUGCAGAAGAGGCUAAGCCUUUCGUGCCUACGGCCUUGCGCGAAUCCAGCACAGACCCGGAAGACCCUCCCUUUCUGUACUAUCUUGUUGAAUCGAAAGACUGUCCCAGCACGGGAGAGGGAUUCAGAACGGGGUUACAAGACGGUGAAUCUUUCGAGUCGGAUUUUAUCAACGCCUCAAAAGAGGAAUGCCAGGACUGGGCAUUAGACAAGUGGCUCCAGCCUGUCAAAUUCAAUUUUAUCGAACCGAGUAUUAUCGCUAUUGCAGAUGAGCGAAGUGCUCGGGAUGGGACUCUGCUUAUGAGCUUCUACUUUGGUGAGGAUGCCCCGGACGAACCUCCUAUGGAGUUUAACGGAUAUGGCCGUCUCCCGCCAAAGGGCAACACCUGGUACGAUUUCAGAAUUCAUCAUAAGGCAGCUCAGUUGUUCCACGCCUCCCUUUUGUUCACUGAACCAGAUAUUUUCUUUCCGAACUAUUUUGGACGACCUGAGAAAUUCACGGAUGAGACUGGCGUUUUCGAUGUGUUGAAAGCGUGGGAGCACACAGAGGAAGAAAGCAGUGACAAGGAUGAGUAG